CAAUCAUUCACUACAACAUAUUGAACCCUUCUUCGGCUUCAGGCACCGACUUCCACAACAUAAAAACCAUGGUUCCCAGUGAACUCAGAGGACUUCACUACCUAGCACUGGAAAACCCGAUCCUUAUUCCGGGCAACCUUGGCAUGAUGCAAAACUCUAUACCAUAUUCUCACUUCAAUACAUUCUUUAACAGCCUUCCGAAUUCCCACAUCACACCCUCUUCCCUCGAGUUCGCCGCGUUGUCCUCCAGUAUCAGCAACAAUUCAACUUCAGAUGAGGCCGAGGAGCAACAGGUAAAUGUCAUCGACGAGAGGAAACAACGGAGAAUGAUAUCCAACAGAGAGUCCGCUCGUCGGUCAAGGAUGCGGAAACAGAAGCACCUGGAUGAACUUUGGUCACAGGUCAUCAGGCUUCGUAAUGAGAACCACAAUCUCAUAGACAAGUUAAACCAUGUAUCGGAGUCCCAUGACCGUGUCCUUCAAGAGAAUGCAAGGCUCAAGGAAGAAGCUUCCGAUCUUCGCCAAAUGCUGUCCGAUACUAAAAUCAGCAGUCCUUAUUCCCUUGCAUUCAGAGAGCUGGAAGAGGUCCCCUGCAAUACUGCUCACUUGAAAGCUGAGUCCACAAAUCAAUCUAUUGCUAGCUCUGUUGACUUGCUUCGAUAAGAGUCAUCUUCCCAUAUAUAUAUACACAUAUAUAUAAUACAUGUUCCUCAGUUUGUUAUGGCUGUAUGGGACUAUAAUCCAACCAUGCAAUAACAUCUUUUGAUCAUAUUUUCAUAUAACUCAUCUGCAGCUCUUCUCGCCGCAUAAA